GAAGUGAAAGUGAUUGAUUGGACUAUGCAGUGAGUGUCAGCAAUAAUUGACGGCUGAAACUCAAGACGACAUUGCUUCAUAUGCUGUUUAGUUUCUGCUCUUUCACUUUCUCAACCACCCAACACAACACAACACACAUUCCCUCCCUUUCUUCUAAUCUAAUUAGAACAAACACAACAAACACCCUUUCAGUUGCCAAACCAAAUACCAUGUUCCAUUUUCGCAGGAUUUGUACCCCAAAAACGUUAAUAGGCCUUGGCUUGGGACAGUUUCUUUCUCUUCUCAUAACUUCCACCGCUUUCACUUCUUCUGAAUUGGCUAAAAAAGGAAUUAAUGCUCCAACUUCACAGUCGUUUCUGAACUAUGUGUUCUUGGCGGUUGUCUAUGGAAGUACUCUCCUAUACCGAAGGGAAACACUCAAGGCAAAAUGGUACUAUUAUAUAGUUCUCGGAUUGGUUGAUGUAGAAGCAAAUUUUCUUGUUGUGAAGGCGUACCAAUACACCUCACUUACAAGUGUGAUGCUGCUUGACUGCUGGUCAAUCCCAUCCGUUAUGCUUCUUACAUGGCUUUUCUUGAAAACAAAAUAUAGGUUCAAAAAGAUUACUGGUGUAGUUGUUUGUGUUGCUGGCCUUGUCCUGGUUGUGUUUUCUGACGUCCAUGCAGGUGACCGUGCAGGUGGAAGCAAUCCUCGUAAAGGGGACAUUCUUGUUAUCGCUGGUGCUACCUUGUAUGCAAUCAGUAAUGUCAGUGAGGAAUUUCUGGUGAAAAAUGCUGAUAGAGUAGAGCUCAUGGCAAUGUUGGGUCUCUCUGGUGGCAUUAUCAGUGCUAUUCAAAUAAGCAUACUUGAGCGCAAUGAACUUAAAUCGAUUCAUUGGUCGGCUGAGGCAGCGCUUCCUUUCGUUGGAUUUGCAGUGGCCAUGUUUAUGUUCUACUCUUUAGUCCCUGUUCUGCUUAAGAUCAAUGGUUCUACCAUGCUAAAUCUGUCUCUGUUGACCUCAGACAUGUGGGCUGUCUUAAUUCGCAUUUUUGCUUACCAUGAGAAGGUUGAUUGGAUGUACUUUGUGGCCUUUGGUGCCGUAACCGUUGGACUUAUCAUCUAUUCUGGAGGGGACAGAGAUGAGGAUCAGCACCCUCCAAAUGCUGCUGAUGAUCUUCACCCUGCAGUCAAACAAGAUGAGGAAGCCAAUUCAGGAAAUCAUAGCAAAGGAACUGUGGCUGGAAGCUCAAAAACAUGGGUAGCUUAGUAUAGACCUACAGGCUCAUACACCAAAAACCAAGAGGAAGAGUCUCCAUCAAGAAAAUGGAGACUCUUCUAAAUUUAUUUUGUAUUGGUAGCUCCUCCAAGAGCAAGAGGAAAAAGUUCCUUCAGAUGCUACUCUUGUUCACACGUCUUGUAAUUUAAAGGAUGCUCUAAUUUUCGUUAGAUGGAGUUUUGAGAAACUCUUCAUUAUGUAGAGAUCAAUAGGCAGUUUUUUAGCCAGUGUGUUGCUAAUUUUAUGUUAUUUGCCGAAAGAAAAAUAAUCUAAAGAAAUAGAAAACUUUUGGAGACAA